GGGCCUGAUACUUACAUAUAAACAACACGCUAGUCCUCGUCUUGCACCCUCCUCUGUCUGCCCUCCAUCCCCGAUGUCUCUGUCUCUCCUCCGCUCAUCCGUAGGGCGCACCGCCGUCCGCGCGGCUGCCGCCCGCUCCGCUGCACCCCGUGCCUCGCGCAUCGCCUUCCGCAAAUACUCGACCGAAACUCCGACGCCCCCGAAGGCGUCUUCUAACACCGGUCUUAUCGCUGGCGUCGCAGCGGCUGUCCUCCUCGGCGGCGGAUUCUACCUCUACUCCUCCGCUGACGCGGAGACCGCGGCGAAGAGCAAGAUCCAGGCCGCGAAGGCCGCCGUCAAGUUCACCCCCACGCAGGAGGACUACCAGAAGGUGUACAACAAAAUUGCCGAGCUCUUCGAUGAGGCUGGUGACUACGAUGACGGGUCGUAUGGACCCGUUGUCUUGCGCCUUGCGUGGCACUCGUCGGGGACCUAUGACGUGGAGACCAAGACCGGCGGAAGCAACUACGCUACCAUGCGUUUCGAGCCCGAGUCCCUGCACGGCGCGAACGCGGGUCUCGACCUCGCCCGGGGCCUGAUGGAGAAGAUCAAGGCCGAGUUCCCGUGGAUCUCGUACGGCGACCUGUGGACCCUCGGCGGUGUCGCCGCUGUCCAGGAAAUGGCUGGCCCCAAGGUCCCCUGGAGGGCCGGACGUAUCGACGGCACUAUCGAGAAGGUCACGCCCGAUGGACGGCUGCCCGAUGCGACGCAGGGUGCUGCGCACCUGCGUGCUGUAAGCGGCUUCCUGCUACAUAUUGCUUAUCGCGGGACACUGACGGACGGAUGUUCCCAUAGAUCUUCUACCGCAUGGGCUUCAACGACCAGGAAAUCGUGGCUCUCUCCGGUGCUCACGCUCUCGGUCGGUGCCACAGCACCCGCUCCGGAUUCGAGGGCCCGUGGACCUUCUCUCCGACUACCCUGACCAACGACUACUUCAAGCUGCUGUUCAGCGAGAGCUGGGUGUGGAAGAAGUGGAGCGGCCCGAAGCAGCUCGAAGACAAGAGCACGCGUUCGCUGAUGAUGCUUCCGACCGACUACGUUGUCGUCUCUGACAAGAGCUUCAAGAAGUUCGCCAAGGCAUAUGCCGACGACAACGAACUGUUCUUCAAGGACUUCUCCGCUGUUGUUGCGAAGCUCUUUGAGCUGGGUGUCCCCGCUGAGCAGUGGGCGUCGUCUGAGCCGUGGACGAUGAAGACGCUCGACGAGCAGAAGGCAUGAACGCCGUAAGGCCUCGAUUUUCUUGCUAGACGCAAAGUGCUAGACUAGAUGUACAAGUCGAAUGUAGAUAGAUGUUCGAUGCUGCUAUCUGAUAAGUGUUCUUGGUCCUGCGAAAA